AUGAUGAAAAAAUACAAAAAAUACAAAAAAGCAAAUUGCAAUAUUGCUAUCGCUGUAAAAUUAUUUUGCAAAAAACAUUUGUCCACCGUUUGUAUUGCUCACCUCCUUUUUAAUACCAUUUUCUUAAAUUACCUUGUAAUUUAUAUUUUCCUUUUGCAAUUUUUCCAAAGUAAUAAAAAAAAUAUCCUGAACAAUGCAGGUAAUAUUUCAAAUUUGGAGUUUUCAGAAACAUGGAAAGAGAGAAUUCAUGUAGAAAAGUAUGAACAAGUUACUCACUUGGUUGGUAUUACAUAUAUCAUUUUCUGUUUGGCUUACUACAUUUUAGAAUUAUUUACAAAAUGGAAUAAAAAAUAUGAAAUUAAAAGGUUUUUAGUAAGAAGAAAUAAAGCAAAUAGGAGGGGGGAAAUUGAGAGGGAAAAUAAUAUUAACAGUUCAGAUAAAAAUGUGAUAAUUUCUGAAGAGAGAAAAAAAGAAAAACGCACAAAGGAAGAGGUACACAUAACAAUAAAUCAUAUUUUGUUGUGUAUUUUAUUAGCUAUAUUAGGAUUAAGCAAAUAUAACAAAAAUGAAAAAAUUUUUUAUUUUUAUUUUGUCUUAAUAAUAUGCGAAAUAAAUAGACCGCUAAUAAUAUUUAUGAACAUAAUAAAAGGUAUGAAAAAAUAUUAUAAAAAUACAUAUUUGAAGAAAGAGAGUAGUAUAAUAAUAAGAAAUGCAAUUAAGAAAAAGGAUCUUGUCCUUUUUUUUUGUUAUUUUGUUAUAUUAAGGUUUUUUAAACUGUUCACAUUCUGUUCUAAGAAGUUUAUGUUGUGUAAUAAAUAUGACUCGUCUAAUAAGAGGCUCUACAAAGGGGUAGAAAAGAAAAACGUAGCGGAGGAGAUGGGAACACAGUCAUCUCAAGUUAAAGAUAAUACAAUAAUAAGAAACCUAUUUUCUUUUUAUUACAAUCUUAUAAGUUCAAAUAUAUUAACAAAUUAUGGGAAGAAUGCUUUAUGCUAUUUGAUAAAGUAUACUCACAAAUUAUACUUUGUUAUUGUUCUAAUAAAAAAGCACGUCAACCGUUGGAUGUCUUCUUUAAAUUUUGUUUUCACAUCAAAACUAGGCACGUUAACUUAUGAAAUGAAUGAAACUAUGGAUAAUUUUAAGGGGAAAGGUAUGAAACACUGUAUGAAAAAUGGUGUAAACUUUAGUGAAGGGGAUAACGGAAAUGCAAAUGAAUUGAAUGAGUUCAUGUGUAAACAGCGAAGAGAUAAAGCGUGCAAAGGAUUUGACAUAGAGAAAGGAGUUCAUCAGGAGAAAGAUAUUCGUAAAGAGGAUACCAUCUCUUUCAGAGAACAAACAUCAGUAGCUUCACCUGGGUCAGAUGUAACGACAGAAUUAACAUCAGGCGAAGGAAACCAUAUUCGAAAAAUUAAUAAAAGGGAGUAUGCUCAUAUAAGGAGAAAUGUAAAUAAAUACAAGAAUUAUUAUGAGGAAUUUAAAAAAAACAAAGAAUAUCAUUGUGAAGAUAAAGUUGUUAACUCUGAUUACGAUAUAUCAAGAAAGGAAAUAUUUGGUUGUAAGACGAAGGAAAAAAGAUCAUUUCACGUAAUUGAAGAUGCACACAAUAAAUAUCUAUUUGAUCAUCUCGACUAUUCAGAGUAUGACUUAUAUAACAUUAAGAAGUGCACAUUUAACGUAAAGGAGGAAGACAGUAACUCCAUAGGACAAGAACAGUGGUGUAAAGAAAAUGCUAAACUAAGUCCUGCAACUAUGUUAACAAAAAAUAUUAACGAAAAGUCAGGUUAUACCGCUUCGAGCAGCAUUAACCACUUAGUUGACACUUCAACAGAAGUAGCAGAAAAUGUAUGCAAGGGAAGAGACAAAUGUACAGGUGAAAUGCCAUCGGAUGGUAAAAAGGGAGAGUUAUAUUAUUACGUUGAAGAAAGGGAUAAAAUUGAAUUUGCUCAGAAAGAAGAAAAAAAAAAUGAAAUAAAUAAUAGCUCAUUGGUAGAGAAAGAUUUAUAUAAAGGACAGGACAAGGAAACAAUAAAAGAUGUUAAUAUUAUUGAAGAAGAGUAUGUUAACAUGAAUCAUAUUGAUGAGCAUAUCGAAAAAGGGAAGGCAAAAAGAGAUGAUGUGUAUAUGGAACACUACAACACGCAGAGGAGUAACUCACAAAAGAAGAAGUCUUUUUAUUUACGACAUUUAAGUAUAUUAAGAAAUGUAAAAGAUGCUCAUGAAUAUAGGAGUAAUUUAAAAAAAUUUGUUCAAAAAAAUUUUUUCACAACAACAAAAACAAACGAUCAUUCACAGGUCGAAAACAAAAGGUACAGUGUCGAUUACUGUAAGGGGCAAAAGAAAAAAUUCUUGAAUAACAAAAAAAAAAAGAAGACAUGUUUGGAAAAAACUGUGAAGCUUUUUUUAGAUAGUUUUAAAAGAAGAAAACAAGUUUUAAUUUUUUUAAACACCAUACAUAAAAUUCUUUUAAUGAUUAACAUUUUAUUAAUUUUUUUUGUUAAGGGAAUUAUUAUAUACAUUAUUUUAUUUUCCUUUAUGUCUAAGUAUGACCACUCUUCUUUCUUUUUUCGUAAAUUUGUUUUAAUAUUAAUACAGUGUUGCUAUUUCUUUUUUUUUCAUUUUUAUGUGCGCCAGUAUAAGCAGAUGAUGAAGUAA